AUGCAGAGUUGUGCUGCAGUGUUAUACUUACUUUUUCUGUAUCUGAAGCCACAUCAACAGCAUGACAUCUACCACAACUACGAAACCUUCCACAACUACGACACCUACAACAGCUACGAUAACUACCAUACCUACGACACCUACCACAACUACGACACCUACCACAACUACGACACCAACAAAAACUACGAUAACUACCAUACCUACGACACUUACCACAACUACGACACCUACCAUAACUACGACACCUACCAUAACUACGACACCUACCACAACUACGACAUCUACCACAACUACGCCAACCACCACAACUACUAUAUCUACCAUACGUACGGCACCUACCACAACUACGACACCUACCACAACUACGACAUCUACCACAACUACGACACCUACCACAACUACGAUAUCUUACAUACCUACGACACGUACAACAACUACAAUAACUACCACACCUACGACACCUACUACAACUACGACACCUACCACAACUACGACACCAACAAAAACUACGAUAACUACCAUACCUACGACACUUACCACAACUACGACACCUACCAUAACUACGACACCUACCAUAACUACGACACCUACCACAACUACGACAUCUACCACAACUACGCCAACCACAACAACUACUAUAUCUACCAUACGUACGGCACCUACCACAACUACGACACCUACCACAACUACGACAUCUACCACAACUACGAAACCUACCACAACUACGAUAUCUUACAUAUCACGACACUUACAACAACUACAAUAACUACCACACCUACGACACCUACCACAACUACGACACCUACCACAACUACGACACCUACAACAACUACGAUAACUACCAUACCUACGACACUUACCACAACUACGACACCUACCACAACUACGACACCUACCACAACUACGCCAACCACCACAACUACCAUAUCUACCAUACCUACGGCACCUACCGUAACUUCGUCACAUACCACAACUACGAUAUCUACCACAACUAUGAAACCUACCACAACUACGAUAUAUACCAUACCUACGACACCUACCACAACUACGACACCUACCACAACCACGACACCUACCAAAACUACGACACCUACCACAACCAUGAUACCUACCAAAACUACGACACCUACCACAACUACGACACCUACCACAACUACGAUAUCUACCAUACCUACGUCAUUUACCACAACUACGAUAACUACCAUACCUACAACACUUACCACAACUACGACACCUACCACAACUACCACACCUACCACUACUACGACACCUACCACAGCUACGACACCUACCACAACUACGACACUUACCACAACUUCGAUACCUACUAUACCUACGACACCUACCACAACUACGAUACCUACCACAACUACGAAACCUACCACAACUACGACACGUACUAAUACCACGACGCCUACCACAACUACGACAAAUACUUAUACUACGACGUCUAUCACAACUACGACACCUACUAAUACUAUGGCGCCUGCCACAACUAAGAUGCUACCCACAACAAAUGCAACACCAGCAACAACUACAAAUCCAAUAAGCAUCUCUCAUUUGCCAAAUACCAACAGUACAUCAACAGCGCAUUACGAUAAUGGAGCAACAAAGUCUGAGAUGAACCUCUCCUUCACAAUGGUGGUGAUCACAGCAACAAUAAUGAAUACUGUUCAUUGAAGCCCAUUUCGACGGCAUUGACAGCGUUGGAUUGGAAACUUUGAUUGUAUGAUCAAAGCUAAGAACAGUAUUUGUACUGCGAUUAAAACAAACUCUGUUUUCUGGACUUUGACCUGUAUAAUAUAAGUCUUUUUUCAAGUAUUGAGAUGUAUAUGGGUAUUCUGUUAUCAUCGUGUGUACUUUUACGAAAGCUGAAAAUAUAAAGUUGAACUUUGGUUUGCACAACAAUUAUGUAGCCAAUACUUUUAUAUUUGUUGUAAAAAUAUUCUGAUGAAAUUCUACUACAACAUGAUUCAAAUAAAACAGAAUUACUUCCAUUUGAUGCUCUACAGUGGUAAAAGUAAUAGCAAUGUUCAGUAAAACAUACGUAUAAUUAUCUUAUAUAAAGCGUUCACAAAGAGGAUACCUUGCUUUGUCAGCAAUCUAUAAUAUGGUAUCAAUUUAAGUAUCUUGGCGUUUUGUAUAAUUAUGUUAAUUUUUGUGUGCGUGUUUUAUGUUUAUGUAAUGAUAUGCAUAAUAUUUGAGAAAGACUUCACUUUGCAUCAAUUGAUUGGUUGAUUCUGCAAUAAAUAUUUUAUGAACAUAUGUCUCUUAUAACAUUACAUGUUCGUUUUAAAGGGACCGUCAACAACGAAUGACGAACAAAAAAGUUCUCAAAUACCGUAUGUGUUACAAUUUUUAGUUUAUAUUGAUUAAAAUAUCACGACUGGUAUAUUACAUUAUUUGAAAGAAGUUCAUAUUUUCAGUAUGUUCGGUAAUACAAUUUCGCGAUGUGAAAUCGAAAGUACAUCGCGAAAAUAGGUGACAUAACAAUAUACACACUAUAAAUAACGCAAGUAGAUUUAUCAUUUUAUAUAUAAAAUAUAUACAAUUCACUACGCAUGUACAAUUUGCAUUCCUGGGUUUACUACGUGACGAUGAUGAUCAAUCUACUUGCGUUAUUUAUAGUUAACUUGUAGUUACCUGGUACACAUACCCAGUAAUUUUGUUACCGAAUAUAUGAAAAUAUUAAAACUUAACAACACAAUGUAAACUAAUAAUUGUAAAAAAAACGAUAUUUUAGAACUUUUCUUUGUUCGUCAUUCGUGGUUGACGGUCCCUUUAAA